UGGUUUCUUCCUCGUUGGUAAUGUGCCAUGUUUGCGGAAGUUCCGCCGCGACGCUCAGCCGUCCUGCUUUAAAUUAAAUGUUCGGUUUGUGACUUUGUUGUGUAAAUAAUCAUGAAUUUACCCAAAGGCCCCGACUCUUUAUGCUUCGACAAGGAUGUUUUUAUGAAGGAUGACUUUGACGUUGACCAGUUUGUGUCAGAAUGUCGGAAGCAGGUGCAGCUGGAGGAGAUGAGAGAGGACCUGGAGUUCUACUACAAGCUGCUGAAGACCGCCAUGGUGGAGCUCAUCAACAAGGACUAUGCUGACUUUGUCAACCUCUCCACCAACUUGGUGGGGAUGGACAAAGCCCUCAAUCAGCUUUCUGUGCCGCUGGGACAAUUACGCGAGGAGGUUAUGAGUCUUCGGUCAUGUGUCAGUGAGGUGAUCAAUGCAAUCGACACCCGGCUGUCCAAACAAGAGGACUUGCAGAAGAAAAAGGUUUGUGUGCUGAGGCUGAUCCAGGUGGUGCGCUCAGUUGAAAAGAUUGAGAAAAUCCUCAACUCCCAGAACUCCAAAGAGUCCAGCUCUCUGGAAAUGAACAGCCCCUUGAUGGCAGGUCAGAUCCUGGAGAGGAUGGCCACAGAGUUCAACCAGCUGCAGUUCCAUGCAGUGCAGAGCAAAGGCAUGCCCCUGCUGGACAAAGUCAGACCUCGUAUCGCAGGUAUCACCUCCAUGCUGCAGCAGUCGCUGGAGGGUCUUCUCAUCGAGGGUCUACAGACCUCCAACGUGGACAUGGUGCGCCACUGCCUGAGGACUUACGCCACCAUCGACAAGACCCGGGACGCCGAAGCGCUGGUGGGACAAGUGCUGGUGAAACCCUUCAUGGAUCAGGUGAUUGUAGAAGAGGUGGUCAAGUCCACCCCGAAUGGUCUCCAGCUGAUGUUUUCAAGGCUGCUGGAGUUUGUGCCUCAUCACUGCCGACUACUCAGAGCGGUGACAGGAGGAGCUGUGGCCAGCGACAAAGCCGACAUCGUCCCCGGCUACGACUUCAUGGUGAACUCUGUGUGGCCCGAGAUGAUCAAAGGCGUGGAGGAGAGGUUGGCCUUUCUCUUCAACCCGGGAAACCCUGACCUUUUUUACGAGCGUUACAGCAUGAGCACGGACUUUGUGCGCAGGUUCGAGCGCCAGUGCAGCUCUCAGGCCAGCGUGAGGAGGCUCAGAGCGCAUCCGUCGUACGUCAGCUUCCACAAUAAGUGGAACCUGCCCGUCUACUUUCAGCUACGGUACAAGGAAGUGGCAGGCAGCUUGGAGAACGCCAUCAGUGAUGGACUCAAAGCAGCGCCAGCUGGCAGCGUGUACCACCUGCAGGCGUCUGCGGUGCUGUGGUCCUGCAUCGUCAGGUGCUGGUCUGACAAAGUCUACCUGCCGGCCCUCGCUCACCGCUUCUGGAAGCUCACACUGCAGCUCUACUCGCGAUACGGAACCUUCCUGAAUGAGGUGCUGACGAAGACUCCGCCCCAAGAGGUGAGCAAGGAGCCCAGCAGGCCCCUCCCCAGCUCCGCCUCCUCCACCUCCAGUAGGACAUCCGUGGAGGAGACGGGCAGCGAGAGCGGAAGUCCCGCCUCCUUGUCCACCAAACAGCUGGUCCACAUGGCGGCGGACGUGCAGAAACUACAAGAGCAGCUACCAGACGUGUCAGACAUGCUCAGACGGCGCUUGGACGCCAUCGGGUUCACAAACUUUGUCAUGGUGGAAGAGGCGCUAGCGGACUCCAAGGCGUGUCUGGCCAGCAGCAUCCCCGCCCUCAGCGCGCGCAUGACGCAACACCUCAGCGAACGCAGCUGCCGCUUCCUCAAGAGCGCGUCGGAGGUGCCUCGGCUCUACCGCAGGACCAACAAGGAGGCGCCCGUGCGAGCGUCGGCGUACAUGGACAACGCCUUGCGGCCGCUGCAUCAGCUGCUGACCGACUGCACGGGCCUGGUCGCCACGGAGACGGCACGGGAGUGGCUGAGGGUGACGCUUUCAGAAUGCACACAAAGGUACUACGAGACCAUCUCUGAGGUUCUGAGCUCGGUGAGAAAGAUGGAGGAGAGCCUGAAGCGGCUGAAACAAGCCAGGAAAGGAGCCAACGCCUCCGCCAGCGCCUCCGCCAGCGCCGCCGCGGCCAACGGCGGGCCCACGGACGACAGCAAGAUCCGACUGCAGCUGGCUCUGGACGCGGAGUACCUGGGGGAACAGAUCCUCAAGAUGGGUCUGGAGCCAGCAGACAUCUCCAUGUUCUCCAGCCUGAUGGAGCUGGUGAAGGAAGCCAGAGACCAGUAGACCUGGUCUAGAUGCUCAGGUGACUUGACGGGAUGUGGGAGGUUUUUCACUCACUGACUGCACUGUGGAGAAAGAAUGUGAUACAGAUUUGUGUCCAUAUUUAAUCUGCACAUCGCUUGUAAGUUGGGAGGAAAAUAAAUGCUGUCAUUGUACACUUUCAA